CUCGUCACUAUCCAUUGUUCUGUCUGCAACCUAUGCUUCCCUUCUCCCACCUUCUCUCUCUCUCUCUCUGAGCGGAUAAAUCUCUCGAGCAAAGUUGGCGUUAUUUUGUCCAAACCAUUCAAUCGCGCAUCAGAAAGUUUCAUCAGGUAGAUCUCCCUGAAACGGUUCUGAAAACCCCAACUUUUUGGUGUGCUUAUUGGAUUUAAACCCUAAUUUGCCAUUUCUCUCUCUAGAUCUGGAACCCGUGCCAAUGGAAGCUUCGAGUCACUAAUUUUCAUUGGACUGUUCGGAUCUGAACUUAAAGGCUGUCGUCCAACUUCAACCAGAGUUUUUCCAUUUUAGUGCGCCAUGGCAGCUUAUCUUACAGACUCGGAGCAGUGUAGUGUAAGCUCGACGGACAUCGAGAAAGCAUGGCAUCUUCUGGCUGUUCUGUUGAGCAUAGGACGUCCUGCUCGUCCUGGGGAACUUUGUGCUAGAUGCACUUUGUUCCGUGCGUCACCGGAUUUUGUCGAGUCCUUGUGCUUAAUCCCUCGUUCACCCUUGUUCUUGACGGAUGAUCUGUUUGUUACGAUCUCUCUGUUCGCUUUAUCGGCUUUCGAAGAGUUUGCGUCGAAGGCUGUUGGUUCAUUUGUCCCGCGUAUCAUGCUUAGGGUUCCUGAACCGAAGAAAUUAUGGGAUAAUGUUGUUCGCACGUAUUUUAGAAAGCGGAAGGCACCGAGGGCUGAUUGCGUUCUUCUUCCAACAGCGAAAAGGAGAUUUCUUUUACCUUCUCAUAGUGAUGAGGAUGGUCAAAUUUUGUUCUCGUUGUCGGACAGGAUUCAAAGUAAUUCUUUUGAGGGUUAUGAUAUUGCGAAUCAUAUGAUCAGAAACAUGAGUCUUCUAUCAGGUGAUAAUAUCAACAUGGCAUAUGAUUUGGGUAAUUUAAAUGAAGUGCCUGCAAUGGGACCUUUGCUUCUCGAAUCCAAUGUUCAGUUGCCAAGUCUUGCAACGGACACUGAACAAAUAGAAAUUAAAAAUGAAGUCAAGAAGAAAACAGUUGUGAAUAGUAAAUUGGGUGGGUCCAUGCACAUACUAGGAUGCGAGCAUAGUUCUGCAAAUGUUCAAAUAGAUUCUAAAAUUCCCAGCCCAAUAACAGUGGAAAGGAUUAUGGCAUAUGAUCCUGAUACAGGUCCAGCUAUUGUAACAAUUACAGUGGAAAAUUCAACCUCAUGGAAGGAAGUACAAAGAGAUGAGGUGGAUUUAAGAAACGAAACAGAGUUGAAUGUGAUAUCUUGUCUAGAAGGAGCACAACACAAUGCUUCAGCCAGUAUUCAUGUUGGUCAUCCUUUUGAUGCCAUAGUAAGCAGAUCAGUUGAAGAUUUGGGACUAAGAAUGGAGAUGAAUGACAAGGAAGAACGAGAUUUAAAUGAUUCUGGUACCCAUAGAGAAGAUCCAGUAAACAAUAUUCCAACAGAUAAUGCUACUCUAAUGGAUGAAGUUGUCAAACAGGAGUCCCAGUUAAGGAACUCUAGUAAUGUGAUGAUAUCCAUGAACAAAGAGCAAAAAGCCGGUAAAGUGGCAGUCAAGGCUGUUCUUCCAUCAGCUGAAAACUCUGCUACCCAGAAGCUACCAACAAAAUCCCUUCCCAGGCUGAAGACUGUUGACAGAGAUGCCUCGGCUCUAGGACAUCAAGUUCUCUCUAGGUCGUUUCAUUACAAUAAAGAUGCUAACUCUGCUAAACAGGAAGAAAGUAAGAGGGAUCAAAGGUUCAUUUCCAUGAAAUACAAGUUAAAGAACAGCCGUAAUCAUAAUGUGCAAACCAAAGAAAACAAGGUAGAUCCUACCUCAAUAACUCCAAAGAAUCAAGUGGAGCAAAAAAUACUGCCAAACUUUGAAUCUUUUGUCAUAGAGGAAGAAGAGGGAUCAGGUGGUUAUGGCACUGUAUACAGGGCUCGGAGAAAGGAUGAUGGAAAAACAUUUGCUAUUAAAUGCCCUCAUGCAAAUGCUCACAACCACCAUGUUAACAAUGAGUUGAAGAUGUUAGAGCGAUUUGGGGGUAGGAACUUUGUGAUCAAGUAUGAAGGUUCUUUCAAGAGUGGCAACUCUGAGUGCUUUGUUCUAGAGCAUGUUGAACAUGACAGACCUGAGGUGUUGAAGAGAGAAAUAGAUAUAUUUCAGCUACAGUGGUAUGGUUAUUGUAUGUUUAGGGCCCUAGCUAGUCUGCAUAAGCAGGGAAUAGUGCAUAGAGAUGUUAAGCCUGGGAACUUCCUUUUUUGUCGUAGUCUUAACAAAGGCUACCUUAUUGACUUUAACCUAGCAAUGGAUCUACAGCAAAAGUACAGCUCCAACAGAAAAUCAAAAACAAAUUGCAAUGUUAGCUUUAAUCAUGCCACCCCGCCCAUUUCCAAAUCUGUUCCACCUCCCAAAGGUAGUAAAGUAAUAUGUGGUAGAAUCUGGGAGGCAUUCAAUCGGGAAACUGCAAAGGACACCAAGUCACCUCUUGAACCAAAGAGAAUGAAGAAGAGAGCUGAUGUGGGUCAUGCAAAAGCCUAUCCUGAAAUGGUUAAUAGAACCACAUUCAGAAGCCAAGGUGCAGAUGGCUCCGGCAUAACCUCAACGAAAGAUGCAACAAGCACUAGAACUCCUUCAGCAGAGAGAUUGAGGGAACCUCUUCCAUGCCAAGGAAGGAAGGAGUUGCUCAGUCUAGUGCAGGAGGCAAUGCAAAGUCCAAAUUGUGAUGCAUUAAGUGUUCCGGCUUCUCAAAGGAAGAGGGUUGCUGCUCCUGGGCAACUGGAGAGGAAACUUUUUUAUCUGACUCCAAUGCCUUUGCACUCUUCUGGAAUUCCUGUUCCUGGUGCUGGCAUGUUAAAGAGUAAGGGGUAUGGAAAACACAAAAGAGAAGGGCCUUGUGUGGGAACCAAGGGUUUCCGGGCUCCAGAGGUCUUGUUCAGAUCUCCACAUCAAAAUACUAAGGUUGAUAUCUGGUCUGCUGGGGUUACCUUACUUUAUCUGAUGAUUGGAAGAACACCUUUCGUUGGUGAUCCUGAGCAGAAUAUAAAAGACAUAGCAAAGUUGAAGGGCAGUGAAGACCUAUGGGAAGUGGCCAAGCUACACAACCGUGAAUCCUCAUUCCCAGUGGAACUGUUUGAUAUACAGUCCUUACCAUCACUGGAACUACGGGCAUGGUGUGAAGCUAACACAAAAAGACCAGACUUCCUUGAUCUGAUACCCAGAUCACUAUUUGAUCUUGUUGAUAAGUGCUUGACUGUGAACCCAAGACUAAGGAUUAGUGCCGAGGAAGCUCUUAGGCACGAGUUUUUUGCUUCAUGUCAUGAGGGCCUCAGGAAGCAGAGGUUGUUGAGGCGGGGCCUCAACAUGGACCCAGGAAGUUCUCUUUCACAUGGACAAGUGUGACUGUUUGGGUGCAGCUGUGAAGGCUUCAGAUUCAGGGGCAAAUGUGAUGAGAGCUGUGAAGUUUUCAGCUUACAACUGACACCAAUGUACUGGGCUAACUCCUUUGGUUUCUUGUAUGCAAGCAAAAUGUUGUAAAUUGUCCAAUCUCAGUGUGCCGUUCAUUCUUUCCUCAUGGUAUCCAAUUGUUCCAUCCUGUAUC